GUUGGCCAAUUAGUGAAAAUUAUGAAAAAUGAAGCUAUCCCAGCGGAUAUUGUACUGCUUUCAUCAAGUGAACCAGCCGGUGUAGCAUAUAUUGAAACGAGUAAUUUGGAUGGUGAAACGAAUCUUAAAAUUCGUCAAGCAUUGCCAAGAACUGCUGGAAUAAUUGAUGAUAAUUCAGCUAUUGAACUUUGUUCAUCUUUGUGGAAAAUGGAAUGUGAUCCACCGAGUCCAGCACUGUACGAAUUUCAUGGUGUUAUUAAAAUUAAUAAUUCAAUUAAAAUGUUGAGCAAGGAAAGUUACAAAGAUUUUAAAACGGACUGUUCCCUUGUAAUUUUUAUUGUUAUCGCAUUUAUCGAAUCGCUCCGCUCUGUUGUUGUUGUUGUUGUUGUUGUUGUUGUUGUUGCUGUUGUUGUUGCUGGAACAAAUCAACUAUUACCUCGAGGAUGUAAAUUGCAAAAUACCGAUUGGGUCUAUGGUGUUACUGCAUAUGUCGGUCGAUCCACAAAGCUUGUUUUGAAUACAAGCGCUACUCGUACUAAAGUAUCAUUGGUGGAACGAAUUACCAAUUGUAUGAUGAUGAUUCAGUUCGGAUUUUUAGUCUUCAUGGCCUUAUUUAAUGCAUAUAUGGGUUGUAGCCGUAUCAGUAAGGAUUUAAAUCUUUACGAUGAAAAUUCUGAUACAAGAGCUGAAGUACGAAGUUCAAAUUUGAAUUCACAACUUGGACAAGUACGUUACAUUAUCAGUGAUAAAACGGGAACAUUAACUCAGAAUAAAAUGCGCUUUAAAAUGUGUACCAUUGGUGGUGUCAAAUAUGGUUCAAUUAACACGGAAAAAUUCAUCGAUGAAAAAAUUGUCAAUGAUUUGACUAAUAAUGCUGAUAAUGCGAAAGUUAUACGUGAAUUUUUAACAUUACUAGCAAUUUGCCAUAUGGUUGUUCCCGAGAAGGUAGUAAGUUCGGGAUUACAAAAAUUGGUUUACCAUUCACCAUCACCAGAUGAAAAAGCAUUGGUUAAAGGUGCAAGAGAUUUGAAAUUUGUCUUUCAUACACGGACACCACAAUGUGUUUAUAUUGAAGCUAUGGGUAAGCAAGAGAAGUAUGAUAUAUUGCAUGUGCUAGAAUUUACCAGUAAUCGAAAACGAAUGGGUGUUAUUGUGCGAUGUCCGGAUAAGAAAAUAAAAUUAUACAUCAAAGGCGCGGAUAGUGUUAUUUUUCCAAGACUAGCACCAAAUUUUGACAAGCUUAUAACUAGCCGAACAACGGAACAUUUGGUACAUUUUGCAAAUCUUGGUUUACGUACACUAUGUAUGGCAAUGUGCAUUUUAAAUGUGAAGGAGUAUGAAGAAUGGGAGCCUGGUUAUCAUCGAGCAAGUAUUGCAUCUGAAGGACGUGAAAAGCUAAUCGAAGAGGAAGCAGAAAAAAUUGAAAAGAAUCUCGAAUUGCUUGGUGCAUCUGCUAUUGAGGAUAAAUUGCAGAAGGGAGUAAAAGCAACCAUCGAACAUUUGCUUGAAGGCGGUAUCAUAGUUUGGGUGUUAACAGGUGAUAAAUUGGAAACUGCACAAAGUAUCGGUUAUUCAUGUGGUCUAAUUGAUCCGCUCACACCUAUUUUGGUACUUGGGGAGAAAAAACCCGAAGAAACGGCCAGCAAAAUUAAUCUGUACCUUGAUCAUUUUGCAAAUAAAGAAAUUAAAAUUUCAUUAAUUGUUAGUGGCGAGAGUCUUAGCCAUGCCUUGAAGAAGCAAUAUAAGAUGCAAUUUCUUCAUUUGGCCUCAUUAUCCUCAACUUUAAUAUGCUGUCGAUGUUCACCAGCGCAAAAAGCUGCUGUAGUAAAAUUACUCAAAAACAGGUCUGAUGGUACUGUGCUAGCAAUUGGUGAUGGUGCCAAUGAUGUAGCAAUGAUACAGGCAGCUGAUAUUGGUGUUGGAAUAAGCGGUGAAGAAGGUUUGCAAGCAUCACUUGCAGCUGAUUACUCAAUCGCACAGUUUCGUUUCCUGGAACGCCUUAUAUUCAUUCACGGUGCAAUCAAUUAUCAUCGUAUUACAAAAACUAUUUUAUAUUUCUUUUACAAAAAUAUCGUUCAAACUCUAACAAUGUUCUUUUAUGAAUUCCAUACAUUAUUUGCCGAUUCGGCAGUAAUGGACAGUUGGUCAUUGGUAAUGUUUAAUAUAUUUUUUACUAGUUGGCCACCCUUGGCCAUUGGUAUUUGGGAUCGAUUGCUUCCAUUUGAAAUAAUGAUCGACUAUCCAGCGCUUUAUCAUUUAUCACAGAGUAGUGAGGGAUUUUCGCUAAAAGCUUAUUUUACAUGGAUAUUGACUGGUCUGGUACAUGCAACAGUAAUUUCCAUAACUGCAUAUCAGGCAUUUAAAAACGAUGUCCUAUGGUAUAAUGGUCGUGUGGCUAAUUAUUACGUCAUGGGAACAGUUAUUAACAUUAUAUCCUGGAUAGCAUUAUUUGGUUCCAUUAUUAUGCUAUUCACUUUCUUUUUUUCAUACAGUUUGACAUCACCUGCUAGUCCAAUUAUCAAAGUUCAACCAGCCAUGGCCGAUACUAUACUUCAUGUGCUAACAUCACCUGUCGCACUUACAUAUAUUAUAUUUGUCAUAUUGGUAUCGCUGUCAUUCGAUUUGCUAGUUAAAUUAUUGCAACGAUCUUUGUAUCGAACUAUUCGAGAUGAAGUUGUUUCACGAGAAUUUGAUGUGAAACAAUUCAAUGAUCUUUAUUAUCCACUUGUUAAAGUAAAACAAAUUGUGGUUAAAGCAUCCGAAUCAGCUCUUAGUCUUGUAAAUAUACAAACUAAACAACGUGGUUAUUCAUUUUCUCAAGAUGAAGGACCAGCUGUAUCGCAAAGUGAUGUUGUACGAUUGUAUGAUUCUCGAGUGCCAAAAAUAUCCAGAAGCUCAUCAAAACAGAUGUAG